GGAACCGUCUGUCAUCAUGUGAAUUAAGAAGCAGAAAAAAAUAUUCCAUUCAUAUGUCGCUUCAAUUGAAUUAUUCCGAUUGUUUUCAAAAUUCAUUCAUGGAGAUUCGUUGAAUUUUAAUUUUCUUCGCAAUAAAUUGGCUGCAUUUUGUUGAUUUUGCAUUUGUGAUUUUUUUUUCUUUCCAUUUUUUUUAGUUCAAAUGGAAAGAAUAAUAAUGUUUUUUCGUUAGGCAACACGCCAUUUUAUAUGCACCCACCAAAUAAAAAAAACGAUAACCACAAGUAAAUUACAUAUAUUCAGAUUAGAAUGCUGAUAAGAAAAUUUACUUAAAAAAAAAACUUUUUUUAAAUUCCUAUUCAACAUAUCGAGUAACUGUUAUUGCAAAAUUUGUUGAAGCUAUUGCCAAGCGAUUUAUUUUUGAUUACAACAUCGUGAUAUUAUACACUAUCGCUCUGUGUGUACACAUAAUCUAAGACAAAGAACAAACAUGCAACAGCCACCCUCAGUCAGAUUGCCUAAAACAACGGCUAUAACGGAUGACUUUGAAAUUUCUAACACGGUGCUAGGACUCGGAAUCAAUGGAAAAGUAGUUAAAUGUUCAAGCCGACAGACGGGACAAACGUACGCGCUAAAGGUUCUCCACGACAAUGUCAAAGCUAGACGCGAAGUCGAUAUUCACUGGCGAGCUAGUGGGGUUUGCAGACACAUAGUCAGUAUUGUAGCAGUUUACGAAAACACGUACAGCGGUAAUAAGUGUCUUCUAGUUGUAAUGGAAUGCAUGGAAGGGGGCGAACUAUUUCAACGUAUUCAAGACAGGCAAGAUGGUGCUUUUACGGAGCGAGAGGCUGCACAGAUAAUGCAUGAAAUCUGUGUAGCAGUUAAAUACUUACACGAUUUGGACAUUGCACAUCGGGACCUGAAGCCCGAAAAUUUAUUGUACACAUCGCCAGCGCCGAAUGCAUGUUUAAAAUUAACCGAUUUCGGUUUUGCCAAGGAGACAUUCGUUAAAGAUACACUGCAAACCCCGUGCUAUACUCCAUACUAUGUUGCGCCAGAAGUUCUAGGGCCUGAAAAAUAUGAUAAAAGUUGCGACAUCUGGUCGUUAGGCGUUAUUAUGUAUAUUUUAUUAUGUGGUUUUCCACCGUUUUAUAGUAAUCAUGGGCUUGCCAUAUCGCCGGGUAUGAAAAAACGCAUUCGAACGGGCCAAUACGAUUUUCCAAAUCCGGAGUGGCAAAAUGUUAGCGACAGUGCCAAGAAAUUGAUCAAAGGAAUGCUGAGUGUCGAUCCAACGAAUCGUUUAACUAUUGAUCAAGUCAUGAAGAACUCGUGGAUUGCGCAAUACACAGCCGUUCCACAAACACCACUGCACACCGGUCGAGUGUUGCGCGAAGGAGAAGAAAUCUGGCCAGAAGUGCAAGAAGAAAUGACGCGAUCAUUAGCGACCAUGCGCGUCGACUAUGAUCAAAUGCACAUUAAAACGCUGGACAACUCCAACAAUUCUCUUCUCAACAAGCGAAGAAAGCGUGCCGAAGACAAGCAAGGGUCUUAAAAUUGUGCAAACUUUUAUCAUUUCAUCAAAAUUAACUUUUUCUGUUUCUACGUCUCGUUAUAAUAAGGAAAAUGUUUUCCAUAUAAAUGUUGGUAAAGUAAGCAUAUAGAUUUUAAAAAAAGUCCGUGACGAACAAUAAGCCAGGCAGCAGGAAUUAAAAUUUUACGGAAUAUAUCGUUAAGAACAAUGGUUUAAAAUAAUUAUUCCACUCAUUUGGAGUACUUAAGUUAUAUAAAUGAAUUGCGAUUAGUUUAAAACAACAACAAAAUAUAUCAUUUAAUGUGUAUAAUGUGUAAUUUUAGUAUUAAUAGACGUUAAAUUACCAGAUUUAGAAUUUAUUAUGAUGAUGAACCUCAGAUUCAUGUGCCUAAUACACGCGCGGGGUUUUAAAUUUAUUAAAAAUCAAUUAAAAUCAAUUCUUUGUUGGCUCU